CCGUUAGAAGUGAAUGGCAGUGAUUUGCGUGCAGUUUAUGUAGAGAAUCAUGUUGUGCCGUUGUGAUUUCACCUCCGUCUGAAAUAUUAAACCAUCGUCAACUUUAUCUUAAGUUACUGUAGUAUUCCGGCAAAAAUGUCAGCACACGCUCAGCAGCUAAAGCUAACCAACGUUAGCAAUUUGACGCUCAGUUGGCUGUAUGUUAGCUUACUGCCUAGCUUUGCUAACGUUACCGUUAACUAAACAGAGAGCGGGGUUGCCUGUCAGGUUUGGUGGUUAGCGUUAGCUUGUAAUGACAGUUAUCCAGCCAUUGUUCAACGGGAUAAACCGAGGUAGGCCGGUCAGUUCAUGCAGCUAAAAUGUUGACUCUUCAGCCUGCUAAGUAACGUUAUACUAGCUUGUUAGCGUGUGCUAACCGCAACUCGGGGCCUAAGCCUAUCAAAGCAGUGAACUCUAAUCAAAUUCAACCACAAAGGUGACGUCGUGUGCAGCAGUAAUGUUGUAACAUUAUUCGGUACAGAGGAUCGAUUAGGAUAGUUUGAUUAGCCUGCGCACAUAGGGGAGAGCGUGUUACUUUGGCCCUACACAAACAGCCUGUAGUGCUAAAGUCCAACGUUGAGUAUGAUUCCCUUGUUGCGGUGGAGGUGAGGAAGCAUGGGGUGGAAAUCUGAGGUGUCAAGACAAACGUGAUGACAGCAUGGUCCAUGGUGGAGAAACUCAAAAUGGAAAAACGCCCAUGCAGGGAGGAGAACAUUGACUCAAGCGAGGCCCAGCAUGCCACUGACGAGUCUGAGGAUGGAAGCAGUUCAGAGAGCGAGUCGGAAGAGCAGCAACGCCAGAGGGUUCAGGUGAACAGCAGCAGCAGCGGUAAGAAGCGGGAGCCUUUGGCUGUCACAAAACCCCAUCGACAGCUCUGUCGCUCUCCAUGCCUUGACCGCCCCAGUUUUUCCCAGAGUAGCACUGUGCAAGAUUUUCGUGAGGAUGAGACCAGCGCAGGACCUGGGAUCAAGCCUGCCAGUGACAGGGAGUACCAGACCAAGAUGGACUUUGCUUUGAAGUUGGGCUAUUCGGGAGAGCAGGUGGAGACUGUGCUCAACAAGUUGGGGGCGGCUGCUUUAAUUAACGACGUUCUUGCUGAGUUAGUGAGGCUUGGAAACAAAGUAGAGCCUGAAAGUCAACCGUGCAGCAGUACGGCCACAUUAAUAUCACGGUCCCCCUGUGUUAAAGAGACUGUUAGUCCCGAAGUGUCAGUAGAAGAUGAAUCUGUGGAUACCUUCGAUAACCUCAGGCCCAUCGUCAUCGAUGGCUCAAACGUGGCAAUGAGCCAUGGAAACAAAGAGGUAUUCUCUUGUCGUGGUAUCCAACUUGCUGUUGAAUGGUUUCGGGAGAAAGGACACAAAGACAUCACUGUGUUUGUCCCAGCAUGGAGGAAGGAACAGUCGAGGCCUGAUGCCCUCAUCACAGAUCAAGAAAUCUUACGCAAGCUGGAAAAAGACAAGAUCCUGGUUUUCACCCCGUCUCGAAGAGUUCAAGGCAGGAGGGUGGUGUGCUAUGAUGAUCGCUUCAUAGUGAAGCUGGCUUAUGAUUCUGAUGGAAUUAUUGUGUCAAAUGACAACUACAGGGACUUGCAAAAUGAGAAGCCAGAGUGGAAGAAGUUCAUAGAAGAGCGUCUCCUAAUGUACUCAUUUGUCAAUGACAAGUUUAUGCCACCUGAUGAUCCACUGGGAAGACAUGGUCCAAGUCUAGAAAAUUUCCUCCGUAAGCGUCCCGUUGUUCCAGAGCACAAAAAACAGCCCUGCCCCUAUGGGAAAAAGUGCACAUAUGGACACAAGUGCAAGUACUAUCAUCCAGAGCGUGUCAACCAGCCGCAGCGGUCAGUGGCUGAUGAGCUGCGAGCCUUUGCCAAAUUGUCUGCAGUGAAGACAAUGAGUGAGGGGGCUUUAGCCAAAUGUGGUACUGGUCCAGCAACUGCAAAGGGGGACAGCAACUCUGAGGCCAAACGUGUGGCCCCUAAACGUCAGUCUGACCCCAGUAUUCGUUCAGUGGCCUGUGAACCUCCAGAGGCACUGUCCGUCAUUAGGAAGUCUGAGACAAAUUCAGUGCCUUCCCUCGUGUCUGCUCUCAGUGUGCCCACCAUGCAGCCUGCCAAAAGCCACGCAGCUGGGGCCUUGAACACACGAUCAGCCAGCAGCCCAGUGCCAGGUUCUUUGCAGUUUGCGCACAGUUCUCUGGAGCAUAUGUCUAGUGUACAGUAUCCUCCUAUUUUAGUUACUAAUAGUCAUGGCGCUUCUGUUACAUACAGUGAACAGUUCCCAAAGUAUGACUCAGUUAGCGACCAUGGAUAUUAUUCACUGCACAGUGAUUUUUCAAACAUGAGCAUGAGCAGCAUGCAUAAUGUUGAUAGUUUCUGUAGCAUGGAGCACGAGCAUGGUGUGUAUCAGAGAAAUCCCAGCCACUGCCCUGAAUCCUGUCUCAGCCAUUCAAACAGUGACUCGUUCUCCUCUUACGGGGACCUGUACCCAAGCUCUGUGGACAGUAGCUUAGAGGAGAGCAUGAAGGGGCAGCAGCAGUCUCCUGCACAGGGUAGAAUGCAGGCUUUCUCUCAUGGGUUUCGUCAUGAAGCACUGACUAGGGUACAGAGCUACGGACCAGAGGAGCCCAAGCAGGGCCCCCGUAAACAAUCUGGAUCUCAUCUAGCACCACACAUCCAACAUGCUACGGUGGGAGCCAGGUCCAGCUGCCCUGGAGACUAUCCCCUGACUCAGAAUGUCCUACCACCCUUGUCCUCACAGCCUACACGGUCUCUUGGUAUGACUCGUAUGGACAGUAUAUCAGAUUCAAGGCUAUAUGACAGUAACCCAAUGAGACAGAGGCGACCUCCAUUGUGCCGCGAGCAGCAUGCAAGCUGGGACCCUCUGCCUUGUGGUAAUGAGUCCUAUGGAUAUCAUUCAUACCCGCUGAGCAACAGCCUGAUGCCGUGUUGCGAGCGGGUGAUGGUCCGCAGCAUGCCAGACAAAAUGGAACAAAUCUGGAGCUCACCAUGGGAGACCCCAUCUGCAGCUGAACACCAAGAGCGGUACGUUAUCCCAGACCACCAGUAUCAAACAUAUCGGAACCUUUGUAACAUCUUUCCCGCUUACAUAGUUCACUCAGUAAUGGAGAAGAACCCUCAUUUGACAGAUCCACAACAACUUGCAGCUGUUAUUGUUACAAAACUGAGGUCAAGCCACUGAGCAGUUGAAACACUCAAAAGUGAUGUGAUUAGGGGAAAAAAGGAUUUUGAUUGCAAAGAUAGGCAUUUGUUUAAUGUUGCUGCAUGUGCAACAUCUGCCCUCAGGAGUUAAUAUUUUUUUAAACGUCUCUGAAGGAAAAUCUGGUGAUCACGUUUUACAUCACUGAGAUGACAGACCUAAUCAGCAAAGAGGAAGUUUGUCUAAUAAGUUUAAGUAGAACUGUAAGAUGUUUCACAUAUGAAACCUAGAUUUAUAUGAAGUGUGGUGAAGUUAAUAUAAGGUAAUACCUUAAUAGAAGUCUGGUUCAUAACACAUUCAUACAACCUGAGCAGGAGCUGCAUACCAGCUUUUCACCAUAUCCAUGAUCAGCUUAACCUUUGCACAUUAUAUUGUUAAUUCUAGAAAAUACAUAGAAUAGUUUGCUAACAUUUGGCAGGACUGUUAAAUGUCCAUCAGAUCUGUUGAUCUUUAAAGUGUUCAAUAUCAAAUAAAUAAGUAAUUAUGGAAUAAUCUCAUGAAUAAAUUGUGUAAAAUAUAAUAAUGUAGCUACCUAGUGUAAUACUGAACUUUGUUGUUUUGUGAAUCAGUGUGAACUAAGAUCAGUAAAGAGGUUAGCUACAGCCAAGAUAGGAAGUAAUAACUCAGCAACAUCUCCCACAUUUGCCUUAUUAAAUCUGACAUAAAAGUACGUCAACAUUUGUACACCCUGUACUUUUUUUGAAGAUCUUGUUCAGGCCCUGUGAAUGUGUUAUGAAAGGAAUCUAAAGUGUUUCUGGUGCAGUGGAACUAUAAAUAACCUAGCCUAGGUCUGCCUCUGCUGUAAAUAAUUCUUGUGUCCUUUUUUGUGCAUCUAUUUUGAAGAUAAAUAAGAGGGAGGUAGGUACAUACCUCACAGCAUGAACUAUGACAUUUAAUGGCCUUAUAUCUGAAUGACCUCACGCUUUAGUCAUUGUCUGAUUGGUUUCAAUGGAAGUCUUAGUCAUUGAAGCCUCCUAUACUUUCAAAUGUAAAGCACUAUCUCAGUAUCUAAAGAGAUAUAUUUUCUCAGCCUCACAUAACAAAGCUACUAUUUUGGUAGAUUUUGACAGUGCACAAAGCAAGCCAAAAAUGAGAUUUGACUUGUAUACACGUGCACAUAUUUAUGUAUAUAUAAUCACACAAAAGCCAUUAUUUCAAAGUCAUUUAUAAGCUGCUAAAUAAUGCCAAAAAAAGAUAGACUUUAUAUAGUGUCAGUAUUCUACAUAACUUUACAUUUUAGUUUACAGGAUUGAUUGGAUUAUAGUAUAAACUAACAUCUGUGUUUGGAUCAUUUCCUAUGGUGUACUGUAUAGUUACCUUUCUGAUUUUAUUGGAUGCUAUGUCCAGGAUUUUCCUAUUUAUAUAUUUGUCAAAUUUGUUGUGCUGAAUCUUUUCAAUGUGAAAAUAUUCAAAGUAUCUUUGUUUCAAACAGUAGCUCUAAUUGGCUCCUUCAAGAUGUCAGUGGAGCAGUUUGUUUUCAGAGACAGGUUGGUUUUGAUGACUUUUACAUGCACUUAAAGUAGUGAUUUCCAGCUUUUGUCACUGACAUGAUUCCUGAGGCACAAGUUAGAAACAGGGAAACCUAGUUUCUUUUAUCUGUUUAAGACAUUAAGCUGAUAAAAGAAACAUGGUUAUUAAUCUCUGUUGGGAUUGGGCCAUUUAGACACUUUUGAAAGUUUUUUUUUUUUUUUUUUAAACUUGUGCAUGACCCAGGUUAGGGAAGGUAUCAUCACUCUAGACUGUAAUGAUAGGGAUAUUGUUUUUUAUGCCCAUGCAUCAUUGCAUCUACAAUAAUGGAAUACAAAGGCCAGUUUAUCCUGAACAACCUUCAACAGACAAACACCAUGAUAGAUCCCAGCCUCUUACUUUACUAUCAGUCCAAGUACUCCAGUCAAAGAAAUGGCAGUAGUGCAAUGCCCUUUUACAAAAUUUCUUAUUUAAAAUAUGAGAUACACAUAACAUAUUGCAGACUUGAUUCAAAGUGUGGAGAAGGGAGGGACAUGUCUGUUUUCUGAUAAAACUGCAUAUAAACUGGCAUUUUAAAGAAAUAUUGCAAUGCAUCUAAAUGAGUUGUCCAUUUUCAUGCCAUAACCCCAUUUCUGACAGUGAUCUGGUUUCUUACAUGCAUGUAAACAUGGUGAAACUUUGAGAAUUGAUUUCACUGGGCUGUGAUGCGACAUAGAUAGGGACAAGUUGUAGAAAUUUCUUAGUAGAGAGAUGGAAACAGUGUUUACCAUCACAGGAUAAAUGUUUGCACAAUGAAUUCCGCAACAGACUGAAUAUUUACCUGAUGUUACAUUUGUCAGAUAAAAUGAUAAAAAUCUGUCUGUAACAGUUAGGCCUGGGACUGAGAUAAAUAUUAGACUUAUUUUGUGAUAUCUUGUAGAGUAUGAGGUUUCAAUAAUUGUACAAAAAAAUGAAGUGAAUGCUAGAAAGCAUGUUGGAGAUGAAAUUUACUGUAUAUUUUUUCUUUUUUUGGGGGGGGGGGGCUGAACUGUUCAAAUACAGACGUACGGUACACAUACAUGCAACCAGUCUCCAAGGAUCAUAGAGGGGUUUGGCUGUGCCUUGCAGCACAUUGCUCUCAGGAUGCAUUCAGUUUUCUAAUUUUCACUAUUUUCCUGCCAAAAACCAGUGGUUACAGGCAAGAGUCUUCUCUGAUCUAGUAGUGAUAUAUUUUGUGCAAAUCCUACAUGUAACAUGUAGUACCUUAAAGUUAAAGUUAGUUAUGUACAGUUGAAACGUGGAGAUAGCAUUGCAAAACUUUGUACUUCUUUGUGUACAUUAUAUCCUCGUUAUGCACCUUGAGAUCUAGAAAACUCGGCUAAUAGGGUGGCUUUACGUGAUCCAGCUUUAGUCAGAUUAAAUAAUGUGGGUGUCCAUAAGGGUGCAAAGUUCCCAUGCAGCUGAAGAUGAACAUUGGUGUUAAAAUGCUUAAUACACUGAUUGCCUGGCAGUGAUCUUGAUUGGACUUUUAAAUUUUAACUAUGAACUUGGGCCCUAAAGAUGAUAAUGUAGGACACUGAUCAUGAAGUUUGGUGUAGCCCCUAGUUCAUCGGGUCCAACCUAUCACUUAUUCACAAUAAAUCCUAACUAAUGGGGCACAUUUCACAUUCAUGCUCUCAAGAGGAUUAACUCCCUUGAUUUUAAUGGUCCGUUGCCUUUUUUCUACUCCCACCCUCAGGACAAAGUGGUGCAUGAAACAUUCGGCCUACAGCUGCAGAGGAGUUUUAACACGUAAAGGCAGCCCUAAUAGCAAGAUCAUGCUUUGAGUGCAUUUAAAGGGAAAUGCCACUUAAUUUCAGGAUUCAGAUACGGUACCCCUAUGCCAACAAUUGGAUUGCAUGACUGAGCAUUUAGUAUACAGUAUCACAUGUUUAUCCCCCUAAUGCUUAAUGUCAGAUUUGUGUUGAAGACUCCAGCCUUUUGAGUCAAAUAACAAAAAUGACAUGGGGACAGUUUAUUGUUUUAUUAUCUCAACAAGUAAUUAUCUAUCACUGACCUGUAAAUUUAUUCUUUGAUUUAGGAAAGUCUUCGUGACUUGUAUGAGAAUUUUAAAACUUGAGUGGUAUUACUCUUUAACAGGGCUAAUUAUGUGAGCCUGAAGUCGUCUCAUUGGUGGUGCUUCAAAAAAAUAUAUAUAUUUCUUUAUAAUGUUUAAGUACAACCGUGGUAUAUGAACAGACAUAAAGAAAAAAAAAACAUUUGAAUGUGUUUUGCCCAAGUGAAUUUUGGGCUUUGCUGACUUUGUUUUUUCAUGAAAAAAGACGAGGCCACUUUAGGCCGGCUGUCUGUUCAUGAGAAGGUGAAACAAACUGCCUAAAUGUUUCUUCAUGUGAAACAAUCAGAUUGCAAGGCUGCUGUCAAGGUUGUUUCUGGCAUUUGGCUAAAAGUUUGCGUGCCACCCUUUCUCCUUGAGAUAGUUGAAUUGUCAUAGAUUCAAAAGAAAAAGGUUUUCAGUGCAAAAAGAAUAAAGUACGCUGUCACUGAUACAACUAAUAACAUCAGCUUUGCUGCUGAUUGAGAGACCAAAUUAAGUCAUGUGGUUCUCUAGUGAUAGUGGGGUCCGUCUUUAACUUGAACACUGGAAGAGUCAAUAGCCUCAAUGCACUCGGAGUACAUUUACUGAGGUGUGCCAAGGAAUUAGUUGUAAUAUAUGUCACAACACAAAUCUACCAAAAUGAAAAUGAGCAAGGUUUAUUGUAGUGUUUUGCUAAUUGUGGGGUUUAUUCUAGAAAUUACGUUUUGCUAUCAAGUGGUAAAGCACUGGCACAAACUUGUGUGUUACUGUUUCUGGCACAGUGCCACACUGCUUGCACUUUUCUGUUGUUAGAUAAAAUGCACUCAUGGACAGUGUGGGCUUAACGAGUAUUAGAGCAAAUUCACAUUCCAUGCCCUGUGGCCGUUAAAUGUGUGCCCAUAAUGCUGAAAUGGCACUGAUGGUAGCUGCUCUAAUCCACAGAAUCUUAUGUUUUCAGAAAACUCCAUCUGGACAUUUUGGACAUUUUCCCCACAUGAACGAAAGAGAAGGGACAUAUAGGAACAUUCUCAUUUCAGAUAUUUCGAUCACGUACCUGCUCCUAACACUACCUCCAGAAAGAAACUCUGUUUUCACUGGGCUAUAGACUGCUUCCAAGCUAAAAGUAAAACCCUAGCUACCACAGCAAAAAACUCUCAGUAUACCAAUCCAGCAUUUUAUUGCUUUGCCAAAAGGUUACACUAAAGGCCAGAAUGGUGGUUCAUAGUCCCCACCCUCCCUUUGUUAAGUGCCGCAAACAACUAAGCCGCAAAUGUCUAGAAUUGACUUUUGCUUGUUGAUACAAAUUGUAUCUAUACCUUGAAUGUAAAAAAUAUCAAAUGUAUAAUAUGAAAAUAGUUUUAUUUAAGUAAAGGGGAAAACAAUCAAUGCCAUAAUGUUUGUGACACUGUGUGUCACUGGGAGUAGCCCAUUGGUAUGUACUAAUUCUUACUGGGUACAGUAGUUAAUUUACAGGGACAUUUACGUGCUACCUAAAAGUGCACAGAUACCCUGUGUACAGCAGUAAGCAUCAUGUCCUCUCUGUACAUAGUCACACGUGUGUGUGUAUAUAUAGAAAGCGAUCUGUAAAUGUAACAGUUACUUCAGUUGUUCAGAUACUUACUUAGAUAAUUUCUGUGUUGUAACCCGUGCACCUUGGUUAAGUGCAUCUAUUUCCUCUGAGCUGACUUGUCUGCUUUAUGCUAUUUUAAUGGGAAUUUCAAUAUUUUUGAAUAUAUUUUUGCCUAAUAAAACAUGCCAAAGUUAUUCUUGGGUGGCUUUGUCAAAUGUAAUUUCUUAUGUUUCAACACAUGGGUUGUCAUGCAAUGAAUUCAAUAUUUCAGAGGACAAAGGAUUUCUUUUCCGUGCACUGUAAACAGAGUAACUUACCACCAAAUGCAAAUCUGUGUCUGGUCUGACAGUUGAAAACAGUUAAAAGGAUAAUCUAGAAAUUGCAGUCUGUCAUUGGCUGAUCUGUGGGUGCCACAUGAUAUCACCAAAUCCACCCUCCACAUGAACACUGAGUGGUUCAUUCAGUGUCAGUUUCAACUCAGAUUUGUGUUUGGUGUUUGAUGUUCUUUCAAGGUACAGAUCCUUUUAAAACUGGAAUUUAUUGAGCUGUUUGGCAGUUGAUUUAAUGACAAACCCUGUAUGUUGACAAAGCAGAGGUGUGUUGAAUUGUAAUUUCUUUUACUAUUGAAUUAUUCAUCAAUUGUAAUUUAAUAUUUUUUGGUAUCUGAGGCCAGUUUGCAUUAGACUAGUGCUAUUUUGAAGAUGUUAAGACUGAUAUUGUCCAUAUAAUGUUAACUUUAAGAUCAGAAUGGGUUGUUAAUGGCAAAGAUGAAGACCAAAGUGAUUUUUGAUGUGCACACAUCACUGUUAUGAUAAUUGGUUCAGACACACACACACACACACACACAAACAGUUAUGGUCAGGUAACUGUGAGCCAUUUGACAUCUUGCAGUUUGUGCUACCAUUUAAUUUAAAACUUGAAUUGUUGGUGUACAAAAUGCUACGGCAAGAGGCUCACACAUUUUAAUACUGACUGUACAUAUACAGUGUAAUAGCUCAGGUUAAACCACGCAAACAUUUUAAAUCACAUACUUGGUAGUUUUCUAAUAUUGAGAAAUGCAGUGGUCACCUCUCUGAAGUAGUGUAGGUCUCCUGUUUGAGUAGGCCAUUGUGUCUGCGAUGUAAAAAGGGAAAUAUAAAGCAAGUUUUUUUUGUGUUGUGAUCUGCAGUAUUGUAAUCCACACUGACUGGAAAGCGUUGCUUUUAUAGACCAAAAUAUACAAAAAUAGACUAUUUGGGUCUGUGGGCUCAAACAAAAUGUAAGUCUUUAUGACAAAAUGUGUUUCUCUCCAUAAAUAAAGCAAAAUUCUGUUCAAA